CCCAGCCAUGAUGUGCGAGGUGAUGCCCACCAUCAGCGAGGGGGACCCGCUGGGGCCCCCCCAGGGCUCGGAAGCAGACGCUGACUUUGAGCAGCUGAUGGUGAACAUGCUGGAUGAGAGGGACAAGCUGCUGGACACCCUGCGGGAGACGCGCGAGACGCUCGCCGUCACCCAGAGCCGGCUGCAGGAGACGCUCCGGGAGCGGGACCAGCUCCAGAGGCAGCUGAACUCGGCACUGCCGCAGGAGUUUGCGACGCUGACGCGGGAGCUCAGCACCUGCCGGGAGCAGCUCCUGGAGAGGGAGGAGGAGAUCUCGGAGCUGAAAGCCGAGCGCAACAACACCCGGCUGCUGCUGGAGCACCUGGAGUGCCUGGUGUCACGGCAUGAGCGCUCCCUCAGGAUGACUGUGGUCAAGCGCCAGGCCCAGUCGCCAUCUGGGGUGUCCAGUGAGGUCGAGGUGCUCAAGGCACUCAAGUCACUCUUUGAGCAUCACAAGGCACUGGAUGAAAAGGUGAGGGAACGCCUGCGAGCAGCCUUGGAGCGAGUGGCCACCUUGGAGGAGCAGCUGGUGGAUGCCCAUCGGCAGGUGGCAGCUCUGCAGCAGGGCUCUGCCCGGGAGCCUGCGGCGGGCGAGCGCGAGGAGAGGGAGCCCAAGGAGCCGGCACCGAAGCUUCCCUGGAAGCGUCUCUCCAAUGGCUCUGUCCACUCGGAUGAUGAGGCUGGGCGGGUGGUGGAGCUGCAGGAGCUCCUGGAGAAGCAGAAUUUUGAAGUGGUCCAGGCCAAGGAGCGAAUCUCUGCCUUGGCUGCCAGCGUGGCUGAGCUGGAGGAGGAUCUGGGCACCGCCAGGAAGGAUCUGAUCAAAUCUGAGGAGAUGAGCAGCAAGUACCAGAGAGACCUCCGAGAGGCCCUGGCACAGAAGGAGGACAUGGAGGAGAGGAUCACCACGCUGGAAAAGCGAUACCUGGCAGCCCAGAGAGAGGCCACCUCCAUCCACGACCUCAAUGACAAACUGGAGAACGAGCUGGCCAACAAGGAGUCCCUGCACCGCCAGUGCGAGGAGAAGGCACGGCACCUGCAGGAGCUGCUGGAGCUGGCCGAGCAGAAGCUGCAGCAGACCAUGAGAAAGGCAGAGACGCUGCCCGAGGUGGAGGCGGAGCUGGCCCAGCGCAUUGCUGCCCUCACCAAGGCAGAAGAGAGGCAUGGCAGCAUUGAGGAGCACCUCCGGCAGCUGGAGGCUCAGCUGGAGGAGAAGAACCAGGAGCUGGCCAGGGCCCGGCAGAGGGAGAAGAUGAACGAGGAGCACAACAAGCGGCUCUCGGACACCGUGGAUCGGCUGCUGAGCGAGUCCAACGAGCGGCUGCAGCUGCACCUCAAGGAGAGGAUGGCAGCCCUGGAGGAGAAGAAUACAUUGUUACAAGAGCUGGAAAAUACCCAAAAGCAGAUAGAGGAACACCAGCACGACAAGCGGCGUUUGUCCGACGAGAUCGACAAGCUGAGGCUGGAGGUGGAUCAGCUCAAGACCAGGAGUGGGACGUUUGUGGAGAGUGUGCACACCAGGUCCCACAUGGGCAGUGCCACCGACCUGCGCUUCCCGCUGGGAGCUGUGGUCCACGGCCCAGCCGAGCCCUUCGGAGCGGCUCCGGGGCUGCCCCGGGCACAGAAGGGACGAUUCGGUGCCCGGAGAGAGGAGCCAGCCAAGGACUGGGAGCAGGCCCAGGCAGGUGGGGUCCUGGCCACGGGGCCUCACGCCUUCGACAGCGACCCCGACAUCUCCGACAUGGAUGAGGACGACCGCGAGACGCUGUUCAGCUCCAUGGAUGUCCUCUCUCCUGGUGGGCAUUCAGAUGCUCAGACAUUGGCCAUGAUGCUUCAGGAGCAGCUGGAUGCCAUCAACGAAGAGAUCAGGAUGAUCCAGGAGGAGAAGGAGUCCACGGAGCUCCGCGCAGAGGAGCUGGAGACACGGGUCACGAGCGGCAGCAUGGAGGGCCUGAACCUCACCCAGCUGUGCAAGAGGGCCUCCAUCCCCACCUCCCUGACAGCCCUGUCCCUGGCCAGCUCAUCCCCACCCCUCAGCGGCCGCUCCACGCCCAAGCUGAGCUCCCGCAGCGCCGCGCAGGACCUGGACCGCAUGGGGAUCAUGACGCUGCCCAGCGACUUGAGGAAGCACCGGAGGAAACUGCUAUCGCCUGCAGCUCGGGAUGAGAGCCGGGAGGACAAAACCACCAUCAAGUGUGAGACGUCCCCGCCAUCGUCACCCAGAGCACUGCGGCUGGAGAAGCUGGGCCACCCUGCCCUGAGCCAGGAGGAUGGCAAGAGCUCGCUGGAGGAGCAGGCCAGCAAUCCCAGCAGCAGCCAGGACUCCUUGCACAAGGGUUCCAAGAGGAAGGGGAUCAAGUCUUCCAUCGGGCGCCUGUUUGGGAAGAAAGAGAAGGGUCGCUUGAUCCAGCUGAGCAGAGAAGGGGCCACGGGGCAGGUGCUGCUGACUGACGUGGAGGGAGGCAUCCAGGACCCCCUGGGACUGGGCAAGCUGGGGGCUCAGGCUGAGAAGGACCGGCGCCUGCGGAAGAAGCAUGAACUCCUGGAAGAGGCUCGGAGGAAAGGAUUGCCCUUUGCCCACUGGGAUGGCCCCACUGUUGUGUCCUGGCUGGAGCUCUGGGUGGGGAUGCCAGCCUGGUACGUGGCUGCGUGCCGGGCCAACGUCAAGAGCGGGGCCAUCAUGUCAGCGCUGUCGGACACCGAGAUCCAGCGGGAGAUCGGCAUCAGCAACGCCCUGCACCGCCUCAAGCUGCGCCUGGCCAUCCAGGAGAUGGUGUCACUCACCAGCCCCUCUGCACCGCCCACAUCCCGCACAGGUAGGAUCUCUUUGUCUCCUCACGCCACGUUUGCCUUGUGUGGCCCUUAUUUCUGA